AACUGUUCUCGCAGAACGGAUCCGUAGAAACCAGAGAUUGGAUCUUUCAAAAUCCUCUAAAUUCUGGUCCAUCUCUCGUUUAAAAUGUGUUUUCAUAUCCUAGUGAUUAAGCUUUAAGAUUGAAAAAUAUCUUAACCUUGAUUUUGGCGAGUCCUAGCUGCAAUUGCGUCCAUUGAUAGAUUCUGGUUGGUGAGGAUUCGCUUGCUGUCUCAAUCUUACAUGACUGCCGAAAGGACUCCAUUUUGAUUUGAUAUAAUUUUACUUUCGGGUGGAAGAAUGGAGUUGCGUGUUGGGAACAAGUAUCGCCUUGGGAGGAAGAUUGGUAGUGGAUCAUUUGGAGACAUAUACCUCGGGACGAAUAUUUCAACUGUGGAAGAGGUUGCUAUAAAGUUGGAAUGUGUCAAAACCAAACAUCCGCAACUGCACAUAGAAGCGAAGUUUUACAAGAUGAUGCAAGGAGGAGUUGGCAUACCUACUAUCAAGUGGUGUGGGACAGAAGGUGAUUACAAUGUGUUAGUGAUGGAGCUACUGGGGCCCAGUCUGGAGGAUCUUUUCAAUUUUUGCAACAGGAAGUUUAGUAUAAAAACAGUGCUUCUCUUAGCUGAUCAGAUGAUCAGCAGAAUAGAGUAUGUUCAUUGUAAAAAUUUCAUCCACCGGGAUAUCAAGCCAGACAACUUUUUGAUGGGACUUGGAAAGAAGGGGAGUCUUGUGUACAUCAUUGACUUUGGACUAGCCAAGAAGUACAGAGACCCAAGAACACAUCAGCAUAUACCAUACAGAGAAAAUAAAAACCUCACUGGAACAGCCAGAUAUGCCAGUAUCAACACUCACUUGGGAAUUGAACAAAGCAGAAGAGAUGAUUUAGAAUCACUUGGUUAUGUACUGAUGUACUUCAACCUGGGUAGCCUUCCAUGGCAAGGCCUUAAAGCUGCUACCAAGAAACAAAAAUAUGAACGGAUCAGUGAAAAGAAAAUGUCUACGCCCAUUGAAAUCCUCUGUAAAGGAUUUCCAUCUGAAUUUUCCACUUACCUCAACAACUGUCGGUCACUACGCUUUGAUGACAAGCCAGACUACUCUUACCUACGCCAACUUUUCCGCAACCUUUUUCACUGUCAAGGAUAUGUUUAUGACUACAUAUUUGACUGGAAUCUUCUCAAGUUUGGAAGUGGUCGGGAGCCAGAUGGUGGCGCUGAGAGACCAGUAAUGAGAGGAGGAGAAAAGGCGCUAGAGAGGGAACGUGAACCCAGGGAACCAGAACGGAACCAUCGAAGCUCCACUACCCGUGCUGUUGCUGGUGGAGCAUCUGGUCGGCUCCGAGAUCCAAUGAGUGGUGCUACUCCCUCCCCAGUUGGUGCACAGAGACCAAUUUCACGAGCUGAAAGAGAAAGACGGAUCACUCGCCUUCAUCGCGGGGCCCCAGCUGAUGUCCAAGGCGGGGAUCUCCCUCGGGGUGACAUGUCGCGGAUGUCCGGCGCCCACGUUCGCUCGACCCCUGUGAUGACCCCAACGUCCUCUGGGACUGGACUGAGACGCGCCAGUGGAACCAGGCAACAGGAAAGGGAUCCUGGAAUGAUGGAACUCUCCACUGUACGUCAUUCAACGAAACAUUUCACGCGUGCCCCAAAAUGACUUGAAAAUUCACCGUAAUCAACAUGUCUUUAGAUAAGAGGCUAACAUCAUUGUGGUCCUGAAGUAGGAAUCAUCUUGUCGUUAUCAUUGCUUUAAUUCCUGAGAAAGACGUCUUGCGUUUUUGCUCUUAGUGGAAUAGUUAUGCUGUGUCCGUGAUAGUCAUGCCAGUGCGUAUCAAUUAAUAGGAGACACUUUUUCUCUCCCUUUUUUUGUAAUAACUAUUGGUUUGGUGGCCGGAACACCAGCUGUGACUUUAUUAAAAAUAGUGUAGUGUUAUAGUUUAUUUAAUUCCCAUUCAAAUGCCAGACACGAAUCUUUCAAUUGACUGAAAGAUACUGAUAUGCUAGAACUCUUUUUAUAUCGUGUGACCCAAGUCAACUUCAUAAAAAUAGAGUGGUGUUUGACCAUCGAGCGAAAGAUGAGAAUGAAAAA